GCGAUCGAUACUCUCCGAUCUCUCGUCGCGCUCAUCUCACCACUCUCUCGUCGCGCUCGUCUCACCACUCUUUCUGACCGAUCUAUUCUCCGACCCAAACUUCUCCGCCGAUCUCUAUCAAAAAGAUUUAGACGCCCCGUUAGAAGAAUUUUUAAACAACUACAAUCCUUUUCCAGAACCAAAAGAAAGAAAAAAACGUGUUUUUAUCGAAAGGAACCGAGAAGAAGGCGACAAGCAGCUCUGGAAUGAUUAUUUUAGCGAAACUCCAACAUAUCCACACAAUAUAUUUCGUCGCCGGUUUCGAAUGAACAAGUCAUUGUUCUUGACUAUUGUCCAUCGGCUCUCUACAGAAAUUGAGUAUUUUCAAGCUAAAGAAGAUGCAGUUGGACGGAAAAGUCUAUCUCCGCUACAGAAAUGUACUGCAGCAAUUCGUCAAUUGGCUUAUGGUGGUGGAGCUGAUAUAGUUGACGAAUAUGUACGACUUGGUGAAACAACAGCUAGUAAAUGUUUGCACCUUUUUACCGCUGGAAUAAUCCAGUUGUUUGGAGAUCAUUAUCUCAGGCGUCCCACAGAGGAGGAUCUUCAAAGACUACUCAACAAAGGAGAAGAACGUGGAUUUCCCGGGAUGGUGGGAAGCAUCGAUUGUAUGCAUUGGGAGUGGAAGAAUUGCCCCACCGCUUGGAAAGGAAUGUAUUCAAGGGGAACCGGAAAACCAACAAUUGUGUUGGAGGCGGUUGCUUCAUAUGACCUCUGGAUAUGGCACGCAUUCUUUGGAGCUCCAGGUACUAUGAACGAUCUUAAUAUUCUUGAUCGAUCACCAGUUUUUGAUGACACUAUUAACGGGAUGGCUCCGGAAGUAAAUUUCUAUGUCAACGGAACCGAGUACAAUUUGGCCUACUAUCUGGCGGAUGGUAUUUAUCCAAAAUGGGCGACUUUUAUUCAAUCUAUCCCACUACCACAGGGUGAAAAAAAUUCUUUAUUUGCUAAAACCCAAGAAUCCGUUAGAAAAGAUGUUGAGCGUGCAUUUGGGGUCCUGCAAGCUAGGUUCGCCGUUGUUAGAAAUUCAUCUAAUUUAUGGAGUAAAAACAAAAUUUCAAAUAUUAUGAAAGCAUGUCUCAUACUUCAUAAUAUGAUUGUUGAGGAUGAACGAGAUGCAGACACGGUUGAAGAAUUUCGAGAUGAGGAUCUUAGGGCAACCGUCAAAAAGUCUACAAAACACGGCAAUAUAAUCGGUCGUCGCAAAGAAGUUCGCAAUCCACAAAUCCAUCACCAAUUAAAAGAAGAUUUGGUCGAACAUAUAUGGAAAAAAUUUGGACAUUUUCAAAAUUAAGUUUUUAAAAAUUCAAUAAUAUGUAUGUUUUUUUUCAGAUUUUGUAAUUUUUUUUUUGUUUUGCUAGUUUGUACUGUUUAAGUUUUUUAUAAUUCAAUAUAAUGUUUAAUAUUUAUUUAAAACUAA